AAGAUAGAAAAUUUACGCAUCCAAGACAAGAGUUCAAUCUCUUGUGCUAACACACAAUAUAUAAAUGGGCUUUUAAUGUCUUAGAAAUUCCCCUCUUUCUGUUGCUUUCUUAUUCCAGUAACAACUUUCCCUUGUCUCUUUCUGUUGUGUUUUUGCACAAUUUUUUUUCUUCAAGAACAUAUGUGGAGAUUGAUAUCUACUGUUACUAUUGCUUUCCAGAAUAAUACUUUUAGGUUUUCUGUUGAUGUUUAGUUGUUGAAAAUUGAAGAAAAAAUGAAUAUUGGUAGUGGGUCAUUGGUUACUGUUCCAAGUUCUACCGGUUCUUGGAAGUCCGGUGAUAUAGUUUCCGAUCAGUUUCCGGUGGGGCUCCGGGUACUUGUAGUUGAUGAUGAUCCGACCUGUUUAAGGAUCUUGGAGAAGAUGCUCAGGAACUGUCACUAUGAAGUUACCAAGUGUAAUAGGGCUGAGAUUGCACUAUCAUUUCUCCGGGAAAACAAGAAUGGGUUUGACAUUGUUAUAAGUGAUGUCCACAUGCCAGACAUGGAUGGUUUCAAACUUCUUGAGCACAUUGGUCUGGAGAUGGACCUGCCUGUUAUAAUGAUGUCAGCGGAUGAUAGUAAGGAUGUGGUUAUGAAAGGGGUUACUCAUGGUGCAUAUGAUUAUCUAAUCAAACCGGUGCGGAUUGAGGCACUAAAGAAUAUUUGGCAGCAUGUUGUUCGUAAAAGGAAAUAUGAGUGGAAGGACAACAAUUUUGAUCAAUCGGGAAGUGUGGAAGAGGGAGAUCGGCAGCAGAAACCAUCAGAAGAUGUUGAUUACUCAUCUUCAGCUAAUGAAGGAAACUGGAAAAACUCCAAGAAAAGAAAGGAAGAGGAAGAAGAAGUUGAAGAUAGGGAUGAUACAUCCAAUCUAAAGAAGCCACGUGUCGUUUGGUCUGUGGAGCUUCAUCAACAAUUUGUACAAGCUGUGCAUCAACUUGGAAUUGACAAGGCUGUUCCCAAGAAAAUCUUGGAACUGAUGAACGUUCCCGGACUUACCAGAGAAAAUGUUGCUAGCCAUCUUCAGAAAUAUAGGUUGUAUCUCAGAAGGUUGAGUGGUGUAUCGCAGCACCAGAAUGGAUUGAACAACUCUUUCAUGGGACGCCCAGACACAACCUUUUGCACAAUAUCUUCCCUUAAUGGACUUGAUCUUCAAGCUCUUGCUGCUGCUGGUCAAAUCCCUGCACAAAAUCUUGCUACCCUCCAAGCAGCGGCCCUAGGUAAAUCUGCUACAAAAUCUGCCAUUUCUAUGCCCCUAGAUCAAAGAAACUUUUUCAGCUUCGAAAAUUCCAAGUUGAGAUUUCCAGAAGGGCAACAACAACUGAAUAAUAGCAAUAAGCAAAUCGACUUGCUGCAUGGAAUUCCAACCACCAUGGAAUCGAAGCAACUUGCAAAUUUGCACCACCCUUCCCAGUCCUUCAUGGGUAUGAAUAUGCAAGUGAACUCCACAUCACAACACAAUAAUUCUGUGCUUAUGCGAUUGUCCCAGUCACAACCUAGGACUCAACUGCUCAAUGGAGCGAAUAAUGGUAGUCAAGUUUCAAGGCUUCCAUUGUCCAUGCAGCAAUCUUUGUCCCCGGUCCUAACACAAAGUGGUAUUGUCGACAAUGCACGAGGGAGUGUGUACAAUCCAGUCUCUCAAGCAUCAUCAAUGGUAGAUUUCUCGGUAAAUCAAAGCAAGGAGUUGCAAAGCUACAACUUUUCUCUUGGGAGUAAUAGUUCGGGGUUGUCUUCUUUGACUAAUCGAGGGAUGCUUCAGGAAGAGGUGAAUUCUGAUAUCAAAGGAUCUAGAGGUUUCCCUUCUAAUUAUGAUAUUUUCAAUGAACUCCAGCCAAAAUCGCAGAACUGGGGUUUACAGAAUGAUGGUUCAACCUUUGACACGUCUCUUCAUCCAUGUAUGCAAGGAACUCAGGAUGUCUCAUCACAACUGUUACUUCAACAGGGAAUUUCUUCAACUCAUAACAGUGGACAAAACAGAAAUGCUCCAAUUGAGAAACCAAUGUAUUCCAACGGGGAUGAGAUUGGACAUUCUAAUACUAUGUGUGGCUCACAACUUAACUCUGGUGGUGGGAAUAUGCUUGCUGUUAAAGCUGAAAGAUUUCCUGACGCAGACUAUCAGAAUACCAAUAUCCGGGAGCAAUUUGGACGUGAUGACCUCAUGAGUGCAUUCCUUAGACAGCAAGCAAGUGUUGGACCAGUUGAAACUGAAUUUGGCUUCGAUGGAUACACAUUGGACAAUCUUCCUGUUUAAGAUGUGAACAAAGCUUAGUUGAUGUACCUGACAGUUUAAACAUAUAAUUCAAAGACGCCAGUGUACAUAGUUGCUGUAACACCUGAAAAUUUCCUAUGAACCAAAAUGGAGGAGUUGGUUUUCUAUUCAGCUAUAAAACUUGGAUUCUGGUCUAAAAGAUUAGCUGUCGGAUGGGAUGAUAGAUUGCAGAAGGGAAAGGCUUAGCUGUCAGAUGAUACUACUGCAUGAUGUGCCAAAGGCAAACAUGCAAAGUUUUGGCUGGUAUUCGUAGGUGAUUUGAGGAGAAUCACAUUUUCUUGGGUGCAGACGUUAGGUACAGGGAUUUUGAAAGAAACAGGAGGGUCAAGUUCUAACAUCAAUAAUGCAAUCUUUUCCCUUUCACGUUCAAGAUUGAUUUUUUAACGUAGAUAUUUCAUUUGAAUUUCUUAUUAGGAUAAAUCUGUCGGAUUGAUAUAGUUGUUCGUUGUUUUGCUCCAUUCAUGGUUUAUUUUUAGGUGUGCAGCUCAAACUCUGAGAUGUAUGUUGUGUAUUGGCUUAUUCUGUAUAGGUUUAUCGAAGUUGGGUUUUAUACAAGUAUGACCAUCUUCAUUUUUUCCCUUCA